AUGUCAAAUGGCAGGGUAUCUGCGGCAGGUUCUCGAGGGAAGCAGCAAAUAGUCAGGAAAAGAAAGCCUAAAUCCUGUAUAAGAUGCUAUUCAAUCAAAAGGAAAUGUGACCAUCAAAAGCCAUCAUGCUCUAGAUGCAUUAAAAAGGGGCUACCGUGUGAAUAUUUUACUGAAGAACAUGUGCUGGAACGAUGUUUGGAACGUCAAAAGAAAGGAAGAGUGUCGAAUGCGGGGUCAACCGGAUCUUUAACGACCCCGUCAGGCGACGAUGUAAGCGUUAAUGAUGAAAACAUGCCCGAUACCGAAUUGAAUCCUAUUCCAAGGGAGACUGAAUCGCGAAAUUUCAAGUUAAUUGUAAACUCUACGGGUGAAUAUUCUAAAUAUCUUUCAUUGAGUUUGUUCCCCUUUAGUGAUCCAUCACAAAACGUAUCUUACAUUGUUGAUCGGAUGCCUAGAGACGCAGAUCAUUACGUUGUAUACGAUUUCUCGUAUGUGCCUAGUAGAUUAUCAGGUAAGGAAGAGAUUAAAAAGUUGAUACCUAAUAAAAUGCACUGUGAUGUACUAGUUUCAUACUACUUUGCUAAUAUAUCACCAUUCAUUCCCAUCAUAGAUGUCGAGGAGUUCGAACUAAAGUAUAAUGAGUUAUGGAAAAAUGUUCAGGCUUAUGAUGAUCUUAAUAUGUUGAUGAUAUUGUUUGCUGUUAUAUUUGCAAGUUGCGUGUCUAUUCAGGUAAGCAAGAUUUAUUUCACUGGAAAACACUACUCUGAUGAUGAAGUAAUAAAUUAUGAAGAGCUAAAAUACUCUUGUUUCCAGUGCGUCGAGAAUAUAAAACACAUGACCAACGCAAACAUAUCACCUUCGAUGUCGGGUAUAACUGCGCUAACAAUAAUGUAUUAUGUUGGUUCGUUAAACUGUUAUGGAGUGUCGGGAGAGGUUUCCGCUUUACUAAGGUACUGUCAAAUAGCUGGUCUACACCGUAGCCUUUCUCAAAACACUAACUCAAGUUCUGUCAGAGCAUUCCUGUACAGCUAUGUGGUUCAUUUGGACUCUCUCGUAGCGUAUUACAAUGGGUUAACCUCCUACGUCAACAAAGACCUUUUCGAAACCGUAAGAAACUUUCCAAAACAUGAGACCAAAAUAGAGACCUUGUUUUCCCUAGCCAAACUUUACAACGGGCUAGUAUGGAUAGAUCUUUUAAACCAAUUAAACAAGAUUGAAUCUUCUACGGAGGAAGACUUCCAACGACUUAAUAGGGAGUACCUGACUUCUAUGGAAAAAGUCAAUUCUUUGAAUGCAGAGAUAUUGACAAUGUUUCAAGAUGCUCCACAAGACUACUUGAAGCUUUUAGUAGCUGAAGGACGACUUGGUAUCAGAAAAUCCGCACUCUUGGUGCACUUCUUAAGACUCUCGGUGUCUGGUUCGAACAUCAACAAAGUUCGUGAGGGUACCAGCCUCAAUCAAGAUCUAGUCAUCCAAGCCCUCCUUUUGAUUAACGAAUCAUUGGCAAAAAUAUACUUAGGAGUAAAGCAUAAUCCAAAUUUGCUAUGGUUCGUACGUAACUCCUACCCAUUCCAAGCGAUGUCAAUUGUACUUACACACAUUCAAAAAAACCCUACAAAGGGAAUCAACUUCUCUCAUCUCCAACGGGAUGUUGAGUACACAACCCAUCCUGAAAUCAACUACGAUUCAUUCGACAUAAGAAGUGACCUUAUCUUGAAAACUACAGAAGCGCUACGGUCAAUAAAGCCACUCUGGCCUACUGUGUUCCAAAGGCGUUUUGAAAGAAUUUGCGAACUCAAAAACUACGUCUUUGCUCAGAACCCAAUUCAGUACUCAAAUUCAAAUCAAGAUAAUGACAAUAAUAAGACCAAUAACAACCAAGCCCAGAACGAGGGCCAGAACCAGAACCAGAACCAAGGAAACUCGCCUACUGGAAGCCUCUCAUUCGACGAGCUCUUAAGCAACCUGUUCGAUGGGGACUCCGAACUACAGUCACUUUUUUUUCAAACUUUUCCCAACAGCCACUAA